UCUCUACCCCAUCCUCCAUUAGCCUCUUCACUUCCCUGCAAGAAGCUUCUCCAUGGCCUCAUCUCCAUUCUCUCCUCUUCUCCUCCUUCCCCUCGUCAUCUUGGCCACUGUUGCCAUUGGAAGCAGCAGUGAUGAACCCAAAGAGAAGAUAACCCACCUCCACUUCUACUUUUACGACUACUACGGUGGCCCGAACGCGACCACCGUCACCGUCGUCAGCCCUCCCGGCAACUCCUCCUUCGGGAGCAUCGGUGUGGGUGACAACAUUCUGAGGGAAGGGCCCGAGUCGAGCUCCAGGCUCAUCGGGAGGGCGCAGGAGCUCGCGGUGCAGGCGGGCCAGGAGAGCACGGCCUAUCUCUCGGCGUUAAACUUCGUGUUCACCGCCGGAGAGUACAACGGGAGCGGCUUCUCCAUCUUCGGCAGGGCGGUGUUGACGGAGACGAUGGAGCGGGGCAUCGUCGGGGGCACCGGCAUGUUCCGAAUGGCGCGGGGCUACACCCUCAGCAAGCUCAUCAGGUCAACUGGAACUACCGAACUCGAGCUUGUGAUGGAGUACGAUGCUUACAUCUAUCACUACUGAUGAGCUGCCUCGGCGGUCCGUUCUUGUGUGAUUUAGUACUUUUGUGCGUCGUAAUAAGACAUUCUUACCGUCUCUGUCAAGACAUCCUCGUGGUUGUUCCACGAUUGAUAAGUUUAAGGUUCGUGUCCAAGUAAGAGCUUCUUAUACUCGUACUGUGAGUUCUAUAUCUGUGAUUCAUACCAAGGAAUUAAUAAGGAACGUUUGGUUCGUUUCGAGUAAUAA